GAAGCGUAGUGACUUCCGUGUCUUGCGCAUUUUAAAACAAACUCUGUUUUUACACUAUAACGGUUACAUAUGCAUACGUUUCGGCACGUUAUCAGGUUAAAUGCCGUGUGUGCUAACGCUGGGUAGCUAAUCACAAUCGUAAACAUAGCAACAUAACAAUAACACAUAGCAGUCUGUGAAUGCUAAAACCAAUACAGUCUUAUUCAGUCCUGUAGUAAACGAUACAUCUAUGUAGGUGUUAAUAUUAAGUCGUUGUGUUAUUCAGUCAACCUAAUGCUGUAUUUCAAAGGGUGCAGUUUGUAGUUUUGUUGCAGUACAUAGGAGCCAAAGUAACAACAAAAAUGGAGUCCAGCGAGAAGGGCAGCCUCAGUGUCGGGGGCUCUGUGGGAGAGGAGAACUACUUCUUGGGAUACACCUUCACCGAUCGCUCGCACUCCAGCCGGGUGGUUAAGAGCAUCAUGGACUUGUGCCUGGAGGAUGGCCUGUUUGCUGACGUCACCAUCACUGUGGACAGCAAAGAGUUUAACCUGCACCGUCUUGUGCUCUCAGCGCAGAGCAGAUACUUCCGCUCCAUGUUCACCUCUAACCUCAAAGAGUCCCACAACCGCGCUAUUGAGUUGAAAGAUGUCAGUGCCAGUGUCUUUCAACUGCUGGUUGACUACAUCUACCAUGGGACAAUCAAACUGCGGGUGGAGGAGCUUCAGGACACUUAUGAGAUGGCAGACAUGUACCAGCUGACUGCUCUGUUUGAAGAGUGCUCCCGCUUCCUCUCACGAACAGUGGAAGUCAAGAGCUGCCUGCAGGUUAUGUGGCUUGCAGACAGACACAGUGACCAGGAGUUGUACACUGCAGCCAAGCACUGCGCUAAAAUCCACUUGGCUCAACUGCAUCAUACUGAAGAAUUUCUAAAUCUGCCUAUGUGUCUUCUCUUGGAUAUCAUCAAAGAUGGCGUUCCAAGCUCCCAGAAUCCAACACUGGCAAUCGAGUCAUGGAUAUAUCACAACAAGGUGGAGAGAGAGGAGUUUUCUUCUGUCCUCCAAGAAAAUCUCAAGGAAAUUGGGGAGAAUGUCCACAUUUACCUGAUUGGCAAAGAAGAGACGAGGACUCAUUCCCUGGCCGUGUCACUUCACUGUGACGAGGACGAUACGGUCAGCGUGAGCGGACAGAACAGCUUAUGCCAUCAGAUCACUGCAGCCUGUAAACACGGAGGGGACCUGUACGUAGUUGGGGGGUCUAUCCCUCGUCGCAUGUGGAAGUGCAACAUGCAUACCAUGGACUGGGAGCGCUGUGCCCCACUACCCAGAGACCGCCUCCACCACACCAUGGUCUCUGUCUCUACUGAGGAUGCGAUCUACUCACUAGGCGGUAAAACAUUGCAGGACACACUUUCGAAUGCUGUCAUUUACUACACAGUGAAGGACAACAUGUGGACCGAGACCAACCAACUGGACACUGCAGUGUCCGGUGCUGCUGGGGUUAACUUGGGUGGUACCAUCUACCUGCUUGGAGGGGAGGAGAAUGACAUGGACUUUUUUACAAAGCCAUCCCGCCUCAUUCAGUGCUUUGACACAUCCUCCCAGAAGUGCCAGAUCAAACCUUACAUGCUGCCGUUCGCAGGCUGCAUGCACGCUGCCGUCCACAUGGAUGUGAUCUUUAUUGUAGCAGAAGGAGACUCACUGGUGUGCUACAACCCUCUGCUGGAGAGCUUCACACGCCUGCGCUUCCCUGAGGUGUGGAGUUGUGUUCCGUCACUGUGGAAGGUGGCCAGCUGUAAUGGAUGCAUAUACGUGUUCAGGGACAAAUGUAAGAAAGGUGACGCGAAUACGUUAAAGUUUAACCCCGCUACGUCUGUCGUCUCAGUUAUCAGAGGGAUAAAAAUCCUGCUCACAAACUGGCAGUUUGUUUUGGCAUAAAAUGUCAUCCGUAAACUCACACUGUGGGCCACACACUCACCACAGAGAAUCAGGGAAGACUGUUGGAUAACUUACCAUGACUUCACGGGUCAGACAUCCGGCAAAGAGACCUGAUCUUAAAUGUAUUUACUCAGCUGGUUUCUGUGACACUUCACCUCCUGACCAGUGAAAACAUUUCAGUUGUGUGCAUCUAUUGUGGUACAGUGUGUCUCCUUGUGUUUGUGUAGCAGUGCUGUAACUGGUGAUGAACAAAUCAACAUUGUUUCUUGUGCUCUGCUUGUUUAUGGACAUGCAUGAACAACGUCAGCAUAAAAAUGUUAUUCAACAUUAAACAUAUUCCAGAAUAUUGUACGUGAUGUCAGGUGAAUAUCCUCAGAUGUUAUAUUUUGUGCAUAACAUGUUAACAGAUGGUGUUUUUCUAACUUUUUAAAUUUUCAUAUCCUGUUUUGAUGUACAAGGUACAUGUUCAUGUUAAGAUGUUAACAUAAAUGUUAAAUAUA